UGCUGCCAACUGCCUGCUGCCAAGGUCGUGGUCUCCGGCGAGCGAGCGCCAGUGUUGUCGCGUCGCAGCCUUGCACACUGCACGGGAGCUCGUGUGUCUGCCGCCCCGCCGUCGCCGAAGCAACUAGCAACUAGCAACUAGCAACUAGCAACAAGCAACAAGCAACAAGCAGCUGCCAUGGCGACCCUCAAGUUCAAGGACCCGUCCCCGUACAAGCUGCCGCCCCCGCAGCCGCAUAGCAGCGACUACGUGUUCGAAGAAUACAACAAAGACCUGUUCCUGAAAACGGAUUCGAGAGGCCUGCAGAAGCCCGUGAACGUAGCCCUUUUUGGGUUGGGCCGAGCAGGAACACUCCAUCUACGGAACCUGUCCUUCAACCCGAGAGCGAAGAUACUCUACAUAGUGGAUGAUAUCGAGGAGAGGAUGCAUUCGUGCAAGAAGUACUGGCGGCUCGAAGGUGCCCAAUGCAUCAAGAUGAGCGAAGCUGACAAGGUGUUCAAUGAUCCAGAACUGGACGCCGUGGUGAUCUCGACGCCCACCUUCACGCACGAGAAGAUAACGCGCCGCGCCCUCGCCAAGGGCAAGUUCGUGUUCUGCGAGAAGCCCGUGGCGCAGGAUCUGGAGACCGCCAAGCGCUGCUACGAGGAGGCGCGGCGCGUCGGCAAGCCGCUCUUCACGGCCUUCAACAGACGUUUCGACCCGUCUUACAGCAACGUGAGGGAACGAGUGCAUUCCGGAGAAGUGGGACACGUUCAGAUCGUGAAGAUCACGAGCAAGGAUUGUAUGCUGGCACCUAUAGAGUACAUGAAGACUUCAGGUGGCAUCUUCACGGACAGCCUGGUGCACGACAUCGACAUGAUGUGCUGGAUGGUGGGCGAGUUCCCGAACCGCGUGGCCGCCAUGGGCUCGGCCAACGUGCCCGAGGUGGGCGCCUUGGACGACUUCGACACGGUGGCCGUCCUGGCCCACUUCCCCAGCGGCACCAUCGGCAUCAUCAACCUCACGCGCAACUCCGACUUCGGCUACGACCAGCGUCUCGAGGUGUUCGGUUCGCGCGGCAUGGUCGCGGCGGGCAACGAGAGGCCGAUGGCGGGAGUUACCGUCCAGCGGGGGUUGAGCGGGGAGGUGCGACACCCCAUCUACUUCACGUUCGCCUCGCGGUACAAGGAGGCGUACCAAAGGGAGAUGGAGCACUUCCUGGACGUCGUGCAAGGGAAGGAAUCAGAGCUGAAGGUUAAGGACUACGAGACGAUGGCCGUCAGCAAGAUCGCUGCAGCUUGCGAGAAGUCGGCCAAGACGGGCACCUUCGUGAACAUCAGCUGGGGCGACGACGAGAUCCCCAAGAACUAACCCGUCACAUUCCCAGACGUCAAGACACGUUAUUUUGACCUUGCAUUGUGUUAGGAGGAUUGUUUUGGUUUUUGGGAAUGAAUUUUUAGUACCCUACUGGAAUCAAUUAUUGUGCGACACAAAAUAAUCCUGUGCGACGGGACAAACUGGGUAAUUCAACCAUCAAUUAGUUCAUUUUGCUUGCUUUUGAAUACUGGUCACGCACAAAAGGAACUUUGAUGUUAAAUAUGUUUUAAAAUUGCAUCUUUUCUUUGACCACGCGUCGCCUGUUAACCAGACAAUUUUCGUUACUGACCCAGGUUAAGAGUUUGGUUCUGACAACAUUAUUUUAAUUUUUAGGAAUAUAUGCAUAUAAGUUUCUGCUUUAAAUUUGUUAUAUAGUUGUUACUUGCAGUAUUUAAUAUUAAAUAUUGAGUAGUUAUUAGUGUAGCUUCAGCAUCAUGGAAUAUUAAUUUUCCCCCAGUAAUUACUAAAUUUUAACAAAUGUUAAAUUUAAUUUUUAAAAGGUAUAAGCUUUACAUAUAAUUGCAUUCGUUUCUAAUAAUAAUUCUUACAAGUGAGUAUUUGAGUGUAUUACAUUAAAUCUCCACUGCAGCAGUUAUAAUAUAUGCAACAUUCUCAGCAAUAGUUAGUUUUUUUUAUAUGAUGAAUUAAUGUCAGUCACUUUAUAAUAAACAGUAAGGCAUGUAAGAUAGUAAAAUUUUGAUACAGUUUAAUCAAAAGCCACGCUUCUUUAGCAAUAUAAACUAAUGAGGCCCAAUCGUUUCAGUAAUUAAGUGCUUAAUGAGUUUUUGAAUAAAUUUUAAUUUAUAAACAUGGAGCGAAAAAAAAGGUGCUUAGCUGUAACUACACUAAAAAUAUUACAUUUGAAUAUUGUACCAGUAUAUUUCAAAUAUAUUUUAAAAGUUUCACAUAUUUUUUAAAACACAAUAAUUAAUAAUUAAUUGCUACUUGUAUGAAUUAUGUAAACAAAUAAUUACUGUGAAAAUAUAUUUUUAAAAUGUGAAAAGACAUAAAUGUUAAACCUCAUGUCUGAAGAGAAGAUAGUGAGUUUUAAAUUAUUAUAAACAGUAAUUUUUUUUAGUAAAUUUGUUUUAUUUUCAGUAACGGAAUGCUUUGUUGUGUAACUAAAGUGCAGUAGAGAAAAAAAACUUUUAGAUAUGAAGGGAGAUGUUAACAGUACAAAUUUGUUACAACUUUAUUCAAAAACAUUAAUUUUUGUAUAAAGAUUAUUGUAAUAAAAAAAAAUUAAAUUUAAAAAAUUUUCCAGUUAAGUUGUAA